AUGGCAAUUUCAGAAUCCUUCUCCCCAAGAAAACACUUUCUUGCAUUUCUUCUGGUAACAAUUGCGGCAGGCUGCAGCAGCCGUACCACCCAUGCAAAUCCUAGCAUCAAAGCAUCAAGGGAUCUGCUUAAUUUCGUCUGCAGCAGAUCAUCCAACCCUCCUCUGUGUUUACAAGUCCUAAGCUCCGAUCCUCGUUCCCGUAACGCUACUCUCAAAGACCUAGGAUUUAUUUCACUUGACGCAGCAGAAUCCCAGGCUAAAACCACGCAAACAUUGAUCGGAUCCCUCCUGCAGAAAGCAACUGAUCCAAAACUGAAGGCGCAGCUCAAAUCAUGCCAGGGUUUUUAUAACGAUUCCAUUAAACAACUGGAUCAGGGGAGGAAUGCCUUGAACGCUGGCAAUCCCAGGGAAUCAGGUGGCUACGUCUCUGCUGCUAAUGCCGAUGCUGAUUCUUGUGAUGAGGGCUUUGCAGGGAGUUCUACUCCAGAACCUUCGGAACUUCAAGAUGCCGACCAGAAGUUUGAAGUUAUUUCUGGCAUCACAUUGAUUGUUACGGCUUUCUUGCUGCUUCCUCCUCCUCCUCCGUCCCAUUAA